CGUGAGCAGAGAAGGACACACACACGCGCGCGAGGUCUAGAGGAGGAUAAUAAUAACUUCACAUUUAUAAAGUGUUAGAGCUCACUGGACUCUGGAAACUCAUCGAGCCUCUGCUAUGGUGAACAGCCAGGUUGCGGGCGGUGUGUGUGUGUCCAGGUCGUGCGCGGGCUGCGGGGGUCGCAUCGCGGACCGGUUCCUGCUCUUCUCCAUGGAGCGCUACUGGCACACACACUGCCUGAAGUGCUCGUGCUGUCAGGCUCAGCUGGGAGACAUCGGGUCGUCCUGCUACAGCAAAGGAGGAAUGAUCCUCUGCAGGACCGACUACAUCAGGUUGUUUGGGCACACCGGGGCUUGCAGCGCAUGUGGUCAGUCCAUUCCCGCCAGUGAAAUGGUCAUGCGAGCGCAAGGCAACGUCUACCACCUCAAGUGCUUCUCCUGUGCGACGUGCAGAAACCAGUUGGUCCCCGGGGACCGAUUCCACUACGUAAACGGCACCAUAUUUUGCGAACACGACCGGCCAGGAGCUGCACUUCUUAAUACUCACUUGCAGAGCAACCCAGUCCUACCUGACCAGAAAGUUUGCUGAAGCGCUCCUCAACGUCUUCGCCUCUUCCUCUCUCUAUUUACCCUCCAGUGUGCUUUUCAUCACUGCCAUCCUUCAGGCACCGACACUCUGACGCACUUACAGCUUUACAGCCUUCAUUUACAGACUUAAGAGUUUCUUUGUGAGCGAGAACGAGUUUGGGAUGGAAACAUUUCUGUGUAUCUGACUGUGGUGAAUUCUGAUGGUGAUAUUGUGGCUUUCUCGCCCCCUGAAAACAGAAGUAACACGUCUUUUUACUCACAGGAUAUCCUGUCUGUCUCCCAUCUAACCUCACAGAGAAGACUUCAUCUGAGAGAGCAAUGAAGUCAACAUUAAAACUGCGUUCUCAAACUAUUUUUUAUUCAUGUGUCUGAUUUAAACAUGAUAUUCAUCCAGAAAAAAAUGUAGGGCAGGACUUAAAGAAAUAAUAAAGACAUGCUAUUACAAUCUAAAA